CUGGAACAACAUUGGACCGGGGCAUCUCCUAUCUUCCAUUCAGGCUUCGUUUCCACAAGCUACAGUUAGCAGCCGCAGUGUAUGACAUCCCUGAAGCUGCGCCCCAGCCUAGCGCCAAAAUCGCCAAGGUGGCCUUGCGUUCCUGCAACAAACUCCCAAAAAGGAACCUGCACUGAGAAAUCUGGCACAUCGACUGAUCGACUCCAAGCGGCCACACCACAACGCCGAACAGUCACCAUGUUUCUGCAGACGGCAGCUAAGCUGCUGCUCUCGGCCAGCUUGCUGCUGGGCUCAGCACUGGCCCACAACAUCCAGCUCCCGGCGCAUGGUCGCGAAUGCUUCCACGAGAACCUGCACAAGGGGGACAAGAUGACCGUCACCUUCCAAGUCGGCGACCGCGAAUUUGGCAGCGCCGGCAACCUCGAAAUCGACUUUUGGAUCAUCGACCCCCGCGGCGGUUACGAAGUCAACGACAAGUCGGUCUCGAACGGUGACUUUUCUUUCGACGCCAAACAUGACGGCAAGUACAUGUACUGCUUCGGCAACGAGCAUUGGGGCGCCUCAUCCAAGGAGGUGUCGUUCAACGUGCACGGCAUCGUCUACGUGUCCGAGGCGGACGCGCCGCAGGACCCGCUCGAGGUCGAGGUGCGCAAGCUGUCGGAGCUGCUGGAGCGCGUCAAGGACGAGCAGAGCUACAUUGUCGUGCGCGAGCGCACCCACCGCAACACGGCCGAGAGCACCAACAGCCGCGUCAAGUGGUGGAACCUGUUUGUGAUUGGCGUCGUCAUUGGCGAGAGCGUGUUCCAGGUCUGGUGGCUGCGGAGAUUCUUUGAGGUUAAGCGGGUAGUUUAAUUCAUGAAUGACUACCCGUGUUAUUUAUCUGCGAUGCUUGUGCGAGAUGACGGAACGUUUGACGCAAGAUCUAGCCGUGCGAAGGGCUUAGAGGACGGCAACGGUUGGGAGUCUUCUUGGCGUCUUGGGUGCAGCAUGUGCCCUGUGUCUGAUGUACGGGUGUGUACAAUCAAAUAUUUACAUGACAAUGAGCCAGAGCCGUCACCUCCGGAAGGCCCAUGUUACGAUAAUACGAUGACCGACGACCGGACAAACGAGGGAUUUCCGGCUAAGAUGAGGAGACACGUACCACAGAUACUGACAUUGGUAGCUUUCCUACUAGUUGUGUCGACUUUUGUACGCUUCCUUAUACCAACACGCAACCGAACAAUGUCAUUACCAUGCUUCGUUUCAUACGU